CGUGACCGUGUGCGCGCGUGGAUUCGGACCAGGUGCUGGCCAGAAUCGAAAGCGGCAGAUGUCGUUGGGCAUUGCCUCCGUCGCCCCACCUGUCGCGGGUUGACUUUGGGUCGGGUGGGAAACGGAGGAAAAGGGUUUCGAGGCGGGAGGCAGUCAGACCUUUAGCAGUCACCCCCAUUGUGAAGCUGCCAAACUCUCUCUAGUGGUGGAAUCUGCAAAUCUCUGCUAGAAGGUGGAGGAAACCCGAAGGGAAUGAUGGCCCCGUCCUUUUCCCCUUGCAAAUGUUCCGCUUCCGUAGGGACCCAUGCUUCUUCACCCAUGCCAGUUUGCACCCGGGUGGCUUAGUGAUUUGUGUCGAGUGAGCAUUCUGUGUGUAUGUAUAUGUGUAUGGGUAUGGUGCACAGGUAGGACGGACUGGGAAGUUUUUAGUCAGUUGAGGAGGAAGAAUGGAGGGAGGCAGCAGCGUUUUGUAGUGUGAUUGCUUCUACUAGCUGAAAGAACAAUUCUUACACAACAUUUCUGACGCUACUAGACUCUUUAUUUUACGUUGUUUUCCUCAGAUGAGCCACUCUACAGUUUGGGGUGUGCCUUUGUUUUUUUCCAACCCUAUAGAACAGGCUUGGUAGAAAUGACCCCUUCCCCAAAUUUAUUUUCCCAGAUACUUCAGAAUAAAGUAUUGGUACUUUAUGAAUUCAAGGCCACGAUAUAUGACUAUACAGUUAUGUUUAAUGAAUGUUUCACAGAUUUGUCAGUGUUUUUAUUGUAUAACAGUGAAUGCAUUAUAAGCUUAAAGUAAAAUGAACAAGAUGAAAUAAGAGUUACUGGGUCCAGAGAGACCUCUUCAUUUGUUAACAGUAGGUGUGUAAGUAUGUGAUUCCGCCAACAGUUUAUUUAAUUUCAGAUGAUACUGUUUAGAGAUAAAUGUUCCAGGACAUAAGUUAUAAGUUAUUUAUUGACCUUAAGUAAUGGUCAGUGAAUUUGUUUAUUUUCUUAGUGUUUUUUAUUUCUGUGUAUUUUGCAGAGCUGUUGUUUACAUUGACCCUUAAAAUUAGUGUGUUGGAAAUAAUAAAACUUCGUAUACAGGAUUUAAAAUUUCUUUGCUGAUUUAUAGCCUCCGGGGAGAAAUUAAAAAAAAAAAAUAGGUAUUUAGAUCCAGAGAGAACUCUGGCUUUGUCGUAAGCCUAUCAAAAUGGUUUUACGCUUUCAUUUGGAAAGUUAGCCAGUUCCACAUGUGUACACCUGUCUCAUUUUGGUGAUGCUUCCUUAGAGGCAAAUUUCUUGUAAAGACUGCAUGUAGACCUGCAGUUCCAGUUACUGUCAAGUGUACUCAGUGAAACUGAAUUUCUUUUUUCUAAAAGUAGAAGGGUGACUUCCCAUAAUGAUAAGAAGUCAUGGGUAACCUAGUUUUAAUUUUUACUAGCAGAUAGGAGAUGAAAAUGAAGGCUGUACUUUAAGGAGGUUGCUACUAUUAAAAGAACUUACUAGAAAGAGAAAGAGAAAGACAUUUUAGUCUUACUGCACCUGAUAUAGGUUGUCUUAUCAGGUUGGUGAGGUUAAUGAUUUCUUUGUAAAGGUCAAGAAUGGUUUCUGAAGAGUCGCACCCUAACAGCUUUUCUUAAAAUCUAAUGAUGAUUUUGUUUUUAUAAGUUGCAAAUGGUGAAAUAAGGUUAUUUGAAAGUAACCUCAAAAAAUGAGCAUGUAGGUAACAGUUUAGUGCUUUGCUUCCUUUGGCAGUUAAACCGUUUUAUUUCUGCUCAGUGUUUUGCUAUUUGAGAGAUGUUUCGGCCCUUCUCUUUUUUACCCAUUUUUGGAAUGAUGUUUAAGAUUAGUGGUUGCAACAUAUUUUCAUUAGUCUGAAUAGAAUUUUUAAAAAUCGUUUUUUUUUCCCCAAGUGCUUUUUCAUUAUUGAUCUCUCUUCAAAUAGCCACUAUGAGAAAUACUACCAAUUUCCUUUUUUUUUUUUUUUCUUUCCUUCAUGUUUUGGGAGCUAGAUUAGAACUUUUACUGUACCCAUUUUUGCCUAAAAUUUCUCUUGCUUUCCAUAAUAAAAUUCUUAAGGAUUAGUGGGAUUUAUUUACCAAAAUUCAGAAGGGCUGUAUGCUGGCCUUCGUGUUUAUUUACACAUUUAUUAAUCUCCUUAAUGAUUUGUAGUAGAUUUUGUUAAUUUUUUUCUUCUUUUUUGAUAGUGGAUCUGUGCUGAAGCUUGAGAUUUGUGGCUUUGUGUGUGUGUGUGUGUGUGUGUGUAGGUUUUUUUUGUGUGGACCUGAACUUCGACAUUUAUUCAUAAACACAGAGCUUUCUGUAAUUUUGGGAUAGCCACUCUCUUCUCUGGGUUCCCAGUGCCUGUUGGACUUACAUGUAUUAAAAACCUGUUGCCGUCAAGUUGAUUACAACUCAUAGCGACCCUAUACGACAGAGUAGAACUGCCCCAUAGGGUUUCCAAGGAGUGGCUGGUGGAUCUGAACUGCCAACUUUUUGGUUAGCAGCCUGAGCUCUUAACCGCUCUGCCACCAGGACAGAUUUAUUAACUUUCUCGUCUGCCUGUCUUCCUUUCCGGCCUGGUCUCAGCUCUCACUCUUUGUAUUUGACCCAGUGCCCGUAUAGUGCUGGGAAAUAAUAGGACUGAAGAUAUAUUGUUGAAUGACUGAAUGAGUAAAUGAAUGAUUGAAUGGCCUAGUGGAUACACAUAAAGAAAUACUCCUUAGAUCUGUUUGGGAAGCCAUUGUGAAAGCAGACUUUUUUUUUUUUUUCUACUUAAUUCAUUACCUUUGCAUUGUUAUAUAUUACUUUUGAGUAGGAUAACAAUAUAAUUGCCAAAUUGGAACACGUUUAGAGAUAAUAGAGGUGCUGUAAAUUAUUAUGCUAGGACACGAGCUAUGAACUUUAUUCACCUGUGAUGAGAUCUAUCACCUUACCCGAGAAAUUUGACACACUUGAUAGUUAAUCUUUGUAAACUCUUCUAUCUGUAGAAGCUAUAUUUGCAGUUCAGUACUGGGUGUCUUUUGCUUAGUCACCCACAGCUUUCUUCCCUAGAGGCCUCCUUGGCAGCUCUUGACCAUGCUUAAUUUUUCUCCUUUUUAUUGUGCAGGGUAGUGUCACAGGGCUUUCUGUUUGCGUGAGCAGAGGAAUACCCACUGCUUAUAGCUAGAAGCCUCAUAUUCUAUAGCUUUGCUCUGUUUUUACUUCAGUCUGUUUCUAUGCAGCAUUUAGUCCAUCUUGUAGGAAUUUCACAUGGGUUUUUUACCCCCUUGCUGACUGUCGAAAGGAGAUCCAUUUAAGUCUUAUCUUUCCAAGCCUUCAUGUUCAGAGCAUUAGCCAGAUCAAUUGUAAGUGUUGGAGGUUUAUAGAUUUUUAAAGUAGUCUAAAAGCGAGUGUUGUUAUUUGGAAGGUAUAUAUAUUGGGGACUUUUAUAUUGCAGUCUUUUAAUUGUUAUUAAAAUGGGGGAUGGGUAAAAACCUUACUGUAAUUUUAUAGUAGAUUUCAUUAUAAGCAGUCUCUUAAAGUAUAUUCUUAUACUAGUUUCUGGCCUCAUUUUUAUUUUCUUUUUCCUUUUUUUCAUCAUCUUCAUCACCAUGCUCUUUGCAGCUGUGAGCUGAUAGCACUCAGUUGUGCACAAAACAGUAAGAAGAGUCAGAAAUGAGUAAAAAAAAAAGAUAGUAGGAUGGAGCUACUGCACCUUGGUUUCACCUUGUAUGGCUCUCUUGGACUCUGUUUGUGUUCUAUUUUUGGCUUGGCACGGGCAUAAUAGGGAUAAUCAGUUACUACACUUUGUUUACUAUGAAAUCACCAUCCAUUUCGUAGACUUGCACAUCAGCUCCAGUGCAAGAGCUAGAUAAGGUCCUUUGCUUUCAAAUCCAGAUUGAAGUUUUAGGUUGAUUUCUUUCUUUGGGUGUGGAAAAAAUGUUUGAAAGUAUAAAUAUUUUUCCAAUACAUUUAAAAGCUUGAAAAGAAGACUGUAUCACCAAAUACGUGAUGCAAAUUAUGUGAAAGUUUGAGAUUUUAGACUUUUAAAACUUUUUUUAGAAUUAAAAGAGAUUGUUUUUUCUAAUAUUCCAACUUUUUGAUUUUCAGUCAAAAGUUUGAAAAGUCCAAAUGAAAUAUGUCUCACUUUGUCAUAGAUGCAGUCCUGAAACAUUAAGUGAAAAUACCUAUCUGUAUUUGGCAUUCAGCCAUAUAACCAGCAAGUAUUAGUUGAUGUAUUUUAUCCUGCCUUAUAAUUUACAAUUUUAAAAAUACUGUAUACUAUAAUCUCUUAGAACGAAGAGACCAUGAUUUAGAGAUAUUUUGUAUAAAAUUUUCUCCACUGUGUGCCUAAGGAUCCUGACGUUUUUCAAGUAGGAAGUAACCUUAGAGCUAGUAGUUAAAACAGAGUUCCCCCAACUGUUGCAUAAAUGAGGUAAUAAGACUUUUAAAGAAAGUGCCUCUCACACAUUUAAGGUAGGAUUCCAUUUGCAGAAAUUGAUGGAUAAACAUUUUUGUGGAGCAUAAAUAUUUUUUAAAAAGAUCUACAUCAGGGCUUACCGCUGAAUAGUGCCCACACUGUGUAUGAAGCAAAGUAAAUGGGUUUUGGAGUCAACGAUGGAGGUUUAGAUUUCUUGGCCAAAUACCUUAAAACGCAGAUAUUUUUUUCUCACGGAGCGAUUGUUAAGAUUAAAUUAUAGAAUUUUUUUAUAGCUGUUGUUAUAUAGUAGGUGCUCAAAAAUAUUGGUUUAUUUUUAUCACCGUCCUAUUAAAAAAUGUUUAUUUAAAUCAUUUGGGGGAUUUGUAUCAAGUAAACGGAGCCCUGGUGGCACAGUGGUUAAGAGCUUAGUUGCUAACCGAAAGGUGGGCAGCUCGAGUCCACCAGCUGCUCCUUGAAAACCCUGUGGAGCAGUUCUACUUUGUCCUGUAGGGUUGUUAUGAGUCGGAAUUGACUCAAUGGCAACGGGUUUGGGUUUUUUGAUACAUUAAAUAAAGUACUAUAGUUAAUAGAUUAUUAGAUAACAAUUUUGUUGUAUUACCACCUACUUUAUGUUAAAACCAGAGGCUUGAUGGGUGGGAGUAGAAGUAAAUCUUAAUUCAAAUUUAGGUUUCUUGAUUACCCAAUUUGAAAAUAAUGUGUGGCAAAAGAAAUGAAAAGGAGCAUGCCUUGUUCUGUAAAUCUAAAGUAGUUCCAAAGGUUGAUAGCGUGUAGUUUCUCAGAGUGACAGUUCUUGGUGCAUUAGCUCUCGCAAGAUGCUCAAGGAGCUGAGGAAACAAAUAACUGUAAGUCAGUAAUUAUCCAUGUCCUCUGGAUAAAGCUCUUCUGUCCUGGCAAGGAAAGUAAAUCCAGUGACAAACUCCUUACCUUUUCUCAUGUUGUUUUUAUUCUCUUUGAGAACAUGUUAUAUAUUGUUGCCAUUUUUUUCAGACUCUAAGCACCUGUGUAGGUAAAAUGACUCCACUCAGCUCCUUUGAGCUCCUUCUCCCAAAGUUGAACACAACAACAGCAGAAGCUCAACAACCAAAGGAAAGUCAUUUACAGGUGGAAAAGGACUUUGGGGAGUUUUCUUGAUCUCAGCAAAUUAACUCAAUUAACAGGGGAGGUAGAAGAUAAAGAUAGAUUCAGUUACACUUUAACUCCCCAAGUAAGAGGGGGAAGGCACAGUAUCUGGAGUAGAGGAGAAAAUUUAUUAUGCCUGUGUUCCCUUGGGACUCAUUGGAAAUUGUACACUGACAUCUUCUGGGAUUUAGUCUGGAGUGUGCAGACUGGUACCUAAAAUGGAAGUAGAUAUUAAUGGAGAGUCCAGAAGUACCCUGGCUUCCCUGCCAUUACCCGCGGCCGAGGCGAGCUCCCCAGGAAAGGCAGAGGCAGAGAAGCCCCGCUGCUCCAGCACGCCAUGCUCACCAAUGCGUCGGACUGUGUCAGGCUACCAGAUCCUCCACAUGGACUCUAACUAUUUGGUUGGCUUCACAACUGGUGAGGAACUCCUGAAGUUAGCCCAGAAGUGCACGGGAGGUGAAGAGAGUAAGGGAGAAGCCAUGCCUUCCUUGCGCUCCAAACAGCUAGAUGCAGGACUCGCACGUUCCUCUCGUUUGUAUAAAACCAGAAGUAGGUACUACCAGCCGUAUGAGAUUCCAGCUGUCAAUGGCAGGAGGAGAAGGCGGAUGCCCAGCUCAGGAGACAAGUGCACUAAAUCUUUACCUUAUGAACCUUAUAAAGCCCUCCAUGGGCCUCUGCCACUUUGUCUUCUUAAAGGUAAGAGGGCACACUCCAAAUCCCUGGACUACCUCAAUCUAGAUAAAAUGAACAUCAAGGAGCCAGCUGACACAGAAGUGCUACAGUACCAGCUUCAACACCUAACCCUCAGAGGGGACCGUGUGUUUGCUAGGAAUAACACAUGAAUGACUUGCAGAGAGUUUAAACCAGUUUAGGUCAGCCUACACUUGGCUAGAAAAAUCCACUGCUGUACUCUGUACAAGACUCUUCACAUUAUAGAUGGUUAUAUCAGCUAAGUGUUCCUGGAACGUAAAAAUUGUCUGAAUCAAAUUUUGAAUAUGGGAAUGAAAUCACAGGUACUUGGGAAAAUCAUUCUAGAGCACGCAACUGCAAAGGAAACAGAAUGUUGACCAGUAGUUUGUAUAGCUUUUUAGCUAGGAAAAAAAGGCUUUGGUACAGUAAUGCCAUCUUUAUGGUUCUGACACUCAGAUUGGGAAUGUUAACUGCUUGAUUGUUGCUGACUUGGUAUGAUUCAUUAGAAAUUUAUAUCUUAAGUACUCAAGUACUUUAAUCUCUGUAUUUUACUAUAAAAUGUAUGUAAUGAUUUGUUUUAUGAAAUUGAGAACUUGAACAUGGCUGAAUUGGACCACUUUUUAUUUUUAAAUAUUGAGUUUAAAUAUUUUAUAACUGGUUUUGCACUGAAAAAAAAGAAUUAACAUUUCAGAUUGACAAGAGAAUAACCUUUCUUCACUUGCCUCAGUAAUAUUAUUGAGCUAUGAAUUUUUUUAUUUCCGCAUGGAAAGUUAUUGAUCUUCUCUAUGGUUGUAAACUAUUUCUUUAUAGCGUUAUUAAAGUGUGUCUUAAUAAAAUUAAAUUUGGGAUACAAAGUAUUUAUUUUGCAAUGAGUAGGGGGAAGCUUUUCCAGAAGGUUUCCAAUAUGAAGUUUUCGUAAGCUGAAAAAGUUUCCUUAGUGCUUAUUUUCUAAUUUAAAAUUUAUCUGGAACUUUAAUAUGGAAAGGAUUCUUCCAAUUGUGGAUUAUAGACAUAAUACUGUUUGCAUCUGAAUGUUCUGUAAGUGAAUGGAACUUUUAAUAGAUGAACUCAUGACUUCUACUAUCGAAUGCUUAAACUAAGUAUGAAAUGAUACCAUUCAGCAUGACAUUGGGUCAUUCCAGUUUUAGUUCUGUGCGGCACAAGCACUCAUUGAAAUUCCAGUUUCUAGGAUUAGUGUAGGAGCCUAAAGUGCUUCUACAGUUUUAAUGGGUUAAUCCUGGAUUACUUAAAAAUUUAUGUCAAUUGCACUGGUUUAAUUUGUUGCUAAAGGAAUAAUGCCCUGGCUUUAGUAACAAAUACAGCUCAACUCUUCUUGAAUAUGUUUUGAGAAGAAAAAUGUAUGUAACUUACCUUUUGUAAAAGUUUUUUUUUUUUUUCUUUUCUUUUUUUGACUCUUGAAGGUGCAAUUUAUUACUGAAUUGGUUGGCAUUUCUGGCAGCAUAGAACUGCAUAUUUUAAAUUUUGUUCUGGGAGCUGUGAGUUUUCUUAGGUAUUAGCAAUCUUGCUUACGAAAUAGGAACACCUUUUAAUUAAUGAGUGGGUCAUUCCUGAUGUAAUUGUGACUUUUUCUUUAGCCAGAAUGGACGGCAAACCUUGUUUAGAACAGAGUAAGUAUAAGAAAACCCUAGGAACUCUCUUAAUGAGCAUUUAUUAUACUUUCAUUGAGGCAAACUAUGUGAAAGAGCCUUGGGUAAAUUGGCGCAGAUCUUAACUGAGUUGAUCAGAUUUCUUGGUAGGCUGGAAAUUUUCAGCUGUUGUAUAUUUCAAAGUAAAUUGCACCUUUGUAACAUAUUGUAUUGACGAAUGAUCACUAAGAUUAACUAUAUACAGUCAUUAGUUUGACAAGAAAUAGAAUCCUGUCAGAUGCCAAAGAGUUGGAAUUUUUACGUUUAAUGAUUAAACACCGUUAUUUAUUGAUGAUUUACCCUGUGGAAUUGUGUUAUUUCUAACUCUUAACAAUGAAAUAAAAGGGUGAUGUAAACACACAUUGUUGUGUGGUGCUUUAAACGAGGGCCAUCAUCAAUAGACGAAUUACUCUUCAGGAGUUCCACCUGAGCACUUAUUUGGUGUUUGUUGUAUGCUGUUGAGUUGAUUCUGAGUCGUAGCAACCCUGGCGGCUCAGUGGUUAAGCACUCGGCUGCUAACCGAAGACUCGGCAGUUUGAACCUACCCGGUGGCUCCAUGAGAGAAAAGACUCAGCGUUCUGCUCCCGUAAGGAUUAUAGCCUAGGAAACCCUAUGGCAAUUCUAUCUUACAGGGUUCCUAUGAGUCCCUUAUUUUUAGGCUUCAUUUUUGUUAAAAACCUUUAGCUGUGUGCUCAUUGGCAUUUCAAGGGAAAGGUUGUAAACCCGAUAAUGAUUCGUACUCGGUCUGUUAGGGAACACGACUGUGUGCAGGUGAAAUCUGGCACUGCUCAUGUGCCUGAAUAACUUCUUCAGCAAAAUUAAAAAAAAAAAAGCUUUUUUGUUUUACAUAAAGACAGGUGAAGCUCUCUGGCAAAAAUAAAGGUAGGGUUAGAAAUAUACAUAUGAGAUAUUUACUGUUACCUGGUUAGUAGAGACAGAACUUUAAAUUUGGUUUUCUAGAAAGAGAAUUAUCAAAGUUCUGUGUCAGUAGUUUUCAAAAUGUGUUUUGCUGAGGCUUCCGUUAGUUUAGACUUGCUUUCUCUACACUCUGGAUUUGUGCUCAUAUGGUAGGCUGGAUCUUUUUCUACCUGAAAAAAAAAAAUCCCAUUUUCUUCAGGCUUUUAACAUAGUUUCUAUUUUUCAACCCUUUUUUAAAACUUUCACUCAAUUUAAUAUUCCUUACUAAGCGGGGCACAAUUUCAGAUAGAAUAUACCUGAUACUAUUUUAUAGUACCUUUCCUCUUACACAUUACAGCACCACACAGGUUUAAAAAAACUUUUUUUUGUUUCACAAAAUGCCAUGUAUUAGGUAGGGCUCAGCUGACUUAUAAAUCAGCAAUAGUAUGCCAAUCCUUACUUCAGUCUGAGGUGAGUUUCUUUUGUUCCUCUGACUUCCAUCUGGCUGUGCUUUGCACCUCUGGUUCUAGGGCUUCUGUAGCCAGCAGUCAGUGAAGAAAAUGACCGUGGGGUUGGUCCUUCCCAGUUGGCAGGACCCCCAGAUCUUGUGGACCCCCGCCUACCCUGGUCGCUAUUCCAGACCCCUCUGUCUAGGCCUGUCAUGGCAUCUCAUGCCCUGUCAUGCCAGUGUGUAUGUCACUGUCUUUUUCCUACAUUGAAAUGAUGGUAACAAUAUGUGGGAUUUGGGAAGCUUUCAGGAAGAUUCUAAGUUAACUUUUAAAGGCAAAUUGGUCUUUAAAGAAUGAAGAUUUUUUUGAGAAAAGCAAUCCAUUUUAACUUACAUUCUCACUUAUCUACGAAGGAUAGUAUUUCUAACAUACUUUUGGGAAGGCUUUAAUUCC